AUGAGAAGAUCCUUAGGACGCAUAAGGAAUGAUCGCCCAACAAGUGCUCUUGGUGACGAAGAGCGUAUGGUUUACGAGGCUCUCUGUCGGAAUGAAGUACCGGUGAGCGAGAAAGAACUAUCAAAGCUGUAUUGCUACUACAAGCGAGAUCGACCAUUCCUGGUAUAUGCCCCGAUAAAGGUCGAAAUCAAGAGAUUCAACCCUCUUGCUGUUCUCUUCAAGGAUAUUAUCAGCGAUGAGGAGGUGGAAAUGAUACAAGAACUAGCAAAACCAAAGCUUGCUCGUGCCACUGUUCAUGAUGCGGCUACAGGAAAUCUUAUCACGGCAACGUACCGAAUCAGUAAAAGCGCUUGGCUAAAAGGAUGGGAGCAUGAGGUCGUUGACCGUUUCAACAAACGUCUUGAUAUGAUGACAAAUCUAGAAAUGGAAACUGCUGAGGAAUUGCAGAUUGCUAACUACGGUAUCGGGGGUCACUACGACCCUCACUUUGACCAUGCUCGGAAAGAUGAGGUGAAAUCUUUCGAUACUCUUGGCACAGGCAAUCGUAUCGCUACUGUUCUUCUUUACAUGUCUCAGCCAGUAUUUGGCGGUGCCACUGUAUUUACCGAUGCCAAAUCUACGGUGAUGCCAUCAAAGAACGAUGCCCUAUUCUGGUACAACCUACACAGAUUUGGUGAUGGCGACCCAAGAACUCGUCAUGCCGCAUGCCCAGUCCUUGUGGGAGUAAAAUGGGUCUCGAAUAAAUGGAUUCAUGAAAAAGGAAACGAAUUCCGUCGACCAUGUGGUUUGAAGAUUUCGGAUGCAGAGAGAUUUGUCGGUGAUCUUGGAUUUGGUCCUGAUCCAAAAUAUGCACCCAAUCUUAGCCCUGACCUCUCGAAAGACAUCUUCAGAGCUAUCUGAGCUAUCCUACAGACUAUUUAAUUGUUAUGUUUUCAAUUGUUUGUUUUCUCGGGUGUUACUACUUGUUCCGAAAUGCCUUGCCAAUUGAAUAUCUGCCAAAUCAUCGUAGAAGUGCUAGCUCACUACCUCAUCUGACUUUUGGGCAAGCUUGUUGAGUGCUAUAAUGUCAGGUGUGCGACUAAUAUAAUUAAGUUCCAUCGUUAAUAUCAUGUCUGACAUUUCUUUUCGACUGUAAUUAUAAUCGCAAGCAUAAUCAAAGAAUUUUAUUCAUGCUGCCAGCUUCUUGAUGGGAUUACACCGCAUAUG